AUGACUCAAGCUUCCAUUGCAAUACAACAUCUUGGACAUGUUGGAUUAUGGUACCUCUGGCAGCAACAGGAUACGGAUCUCAAAGCAAGAAUGCUGUAUGGUUGGCUUAAUGGUAUGCGUGGUAUUGGAUCUACAAAGCAAAACAUGUUAAUUAACGAGCCUUGCAAUGAAACAGCAGCAGCACCUACUGGAUGGCAUGGAUAUACGGUUUCUAUUUGA